AUGUGUCUCAUAACCACCUCCGAGGGCCGCGUGAAGCACGGCGUAACCGACCCACCGCCACAUAAAUCCUUCUUCUCCGCGACACCCGACCCGCCCCGGGGCUCCUCCUCUGCCGUGGCGCGCAUGCCGCGCAACUCGACGUACAGCUACCGCGACAGCCGGGAAUACGAAAGGGAGUACCGGGCCAGUCAGCCAAGAGUGGAGUACCGGAGGGAGAGGAGCAGGAGCAGGGAGAGGAGUAGGUCGAGGCCUAGGAUUGAGGCGCCGAGGAGUAGCAGGGGGAGUAUGGGGGGCGCGGGGGGCGGGGCGGGGAGGGAGUGGGAGGAGACGCGGCGGAGGAGCGUUACUUAUGUUAAGGGAUAG